GUCCAUGGUCCGUCAACAAUCUUUCGCGUUCGAAGUGUUUCGUGGACCUCAUCCCAUUAUUUUCAGCAUUGGCCUCCCUUUGCCAAAAGCAAUUUCUUUUUUUGAGCAAGAGAAAGGACUAUUAGAAAUACUCUUUGACAAUGGCGUCGAACCCGUUUGGAAUGCGUCCAGGUAUUAUCCUUCUCCGUGAAGGAACUGAUACAUCGCAGGGCAAACCCCAAUUGAUUUCCAAUAUCAACGCGUGUUAUGCCGUAGCCGAUGCCGUCCGAACGACAUUGGGUCCCUCAGGUCGCGACAAGUUGGUCUUUGAUGGAUCCCGAGUGACCAUUAGCAAUGACGGCGCCACCAUUAUGAAAUUAUUGGAAAUUGAACACCCCGCUGCCCGCACAUUGGUGGAUAUCAGCAUGAGUCAAGAUGCCGAAGUGGGAGAUGGUACCACUUCGGUCGUCAUGUUGGCGGGUGAAAUACUGCAACAAAUCAAACCACUCGUCGAAGAAGGCGUGCCGCCGCAAAUUAUUCGUCGUCACUUGUCCGAAGCUGGACAGUUGGCCGUACAAAAAGUACUCGACAUGGCCGUGUCGUUUGAAGGCGACCAGCGAAAGGACAUGCUGCUCAAGUGUGCUUCCACCGCACUCAAUUCCAAACUCAUUGCGUCUCAUCAGGAUUUAUUCUCUCCCAUGGUCGUCGAUGCCGUCGAAUUACUCGCGGCCAAGAAUCGAUUGGACGACGUCAAUUCACUCGUCGGCAUUAAACGAAUUCCCGGUGGAGAUGUUCGUCAAUCCUUUUGGGUUCAGGGCGUCGCUUUUAAAAAGACAUUUAGCUAUGCUGGAUUUGAUCAAAUGACCAAAAAGUUUGAUAAUCCCAAAGUAUUGCUACUCAAUGUCGAACUCGAACUCAAGAGUGAAAAAGAAAAUGCCGAAGUCCGCAUCACCGAUCCCGAUCAGUAUCAAUCCAUUGUCGAUGCCGAAUGGCAAGUCAUUUACGAUAAAAUGGAUGCCUGCAUCAACUGCGGAGCCAACAUUGUCAUGUCCAAGUUACCCAUUGGAGAUUUGGCCACGCAAUACUUUGCCGACAAGGGAUUGUUCUGUGCCGGACGUGUGCCCGAAUCGGAUAUGAAACGCGUUGCGCAAGCCACUGGUGCUGCCGUGCAAACCACCACCAGUGGAUUGUCCGAAAGCAUUCUAGGCACCAGCGGCGUAUUUGAAGAACGACAAGUGGGAGAUCAACGCUUUAACGUUUUUACCGGGUGUCCUUCCAGUUUGACCAGUACCAUUGUCUUGCGCGGAGGUACCGAACAAUUCAUUGCCGAAUCGGAACGAUCCGUCCACGAUGCGCUGAUGGUCGUCAAACGCGCCAUUCGAUCCGGAUCGGUGGUGGCGGGUGGUGGUGCCGUCGAAAUGCAAGUCUCACGACAUUUAAAGAAUCACGCAUUGACCAUUGAAGGCAAGGGACAAUUGGUCGUCAACGCAUUAGCGAAAGCGUUGGAAGUUAUUCCACAACAACUCUCGGACAAUGCGGGAUUUGAUGCCACGGAUAUCUUGUCGGCGUUGCGUCGGAAACACGCGCAGGAAGGAUCCGACGAAAAAUGGUUUGGUGUGGAUGUCAAGACCGGGUCGGUCUGUGAUACCUUUGAAACGGGUGUCUGGGAACCCAGUGACAACAAGAGCAACUCCUUCAAUGCUGCUGUGGAAGCGGCCUGUGUCAUUUUGUCCAUUGAUGAAACUAUUAUAGCACCCAAAUCGCAAGAUCCAGGUGCCAAUGCCACUGGAUUGAUGAACGGUCAGGGCAAACCCAUGAGUAAUAUGAUGAACAGUGCCAUGGCUGCGUCCCAGGGUGGAGCCAGAACCGGACAACUCGGGCAGGGUGUCAGUUACAUGAAGGGACGCGGAUAAAUAAAUGGAAUAGUCUACUAGUAGUAGUGCUAGUAAGCUAAGAAGUUCGCCGUUCACUGGUUU